ACGUCACGUUGCCUCGACGGUGGCAGCAGGAAGACCCUUUACCGGGUGAAUUUUGUUGUGGACGACCACAUUUCCCCCUUGUCCUUCAGCUGUGAAAUGUACUACAAGUUCAGCGGGAUCACCCAGAAGUUGACGGGCUCUGCUCCCACGGCCGCCUACAGCCCUCAGGGGCUGAGGCCGGGUGUGCCAGCAGAGGCUCCAACCAUGAUCUUUGCCACUCCCACCAAGGUGGUGUCAGAGGCUGGAGCCACGGUGGAGUACCUGGGAGCAAACAAGGUUCCUGAUUUCCAGAGGAUAUUCCAGUCAUCAGACGGUAUCCCCAUUCAUCUGAAGCGCGGCGUUCCCGACAGGCUACUGUACCGCACCACCAUGGCUCUGACUGUAGGAGGCGCUCUGUACUGUCUUGUGGCUCUUUACAUCGCAGCCCAGCCCAGCAAAAAGUGACCAACACAAACCGAGGGAUCUUUCUCUGUAACACAUCAACCCAACAUUCCCAACAGUCUCCAUCUGCCCUCGUUCUGCCACCUCUUGGGACUCAAAGAUGAAUGAAUGAAUCGCUGCUAGUGCAACACACCAAUAAUAACAGCAAUAUUUUCUGUCUUCUGUCUAAAAUGUCUAAAUUAAUAAAUUUUAAGGGGAAACAAAGAUGAAA